CUUCAUCAGUACGUUGUUAGUUAUGGCUUUUAAGUGUAUGUAUAUUAGCCGGUUAGGUACGUUAUCAGGUUAGAUGAAUAAGCGUCCACGUAAUCAUUAGCAAACAUCCAGUGACGGCUAACCCGCUUAACGUUAAAUUUAACUUUGGCUUUAACGUUAUCUGUAAAGCCUAAUGACAGAGAACCACUCUUAUUCUUUUUAAUACGAUAUAUUGUUCAACCAGCGUUAAGUGUGUUCUUCACAAACAGCUGAACAGUCGCUUCCUUUCACUGGUUCUCGGCUCUGAAGAUAUCCAGCAGCUGAAGAUGUCUGACCAUAUCGAGGAGAAGAUCAAGAACUACAGGACGGCUCCGUUCGACGCCCGCUUCCCCAACACCAACCAGACCCGCAACUGUUUCCAGAACUAUCUGGAUUUCCACAGAUGCAACAAAGCUCUGUCUGCCAAAGACCAGGACACAGCUCCCUGUGAUUGGUACCAGAGGGUCUACAAGAGCCUCUGCCCCAUGAGCUGGGUUCAGAAAUGGGACGAGCAGGUGGAGGCAGGAAAUUUCCCCGGAAAGAUCUAAACGCACACAUUCCUCUCCAGCCCCUCUAUACCGGUCUUCAUCUUACUAACUUAAUGUAACGCAUCUACUCUGUCUGUACAGAAGCAAAUAAUAAAUUGUAUACUGUCACUGUGAA